AUGAUGUGGAGAGCCGGGAAGGUGAGGAAGGCACUGCUGGCGAUAGUCGAGCUGGACGUGGACGGCGCGUUGUUUGACAGCGCUGCUGUGUGGUCGGCGUUCUGGUCCGUGGACGCGGAAACUCACGGACGCGCCAUUGAGCGGGCCGAUGUUCGACAUGCCACGGUGGGGUUGUUCGGGUGUAUUCGUGGUGGCGUCUGGAACGCGGUGGAGCGGUUGGAUGUGUUGCGUCAGCCGGAUAUCUCGUGGCGGUGUCGCGACCUGGACCUGGCCGUGGGGCUGCACACGAUGGGCGAAGUGAACGAAACGGCGGAAGAGGCCAAGAUGGAGAUCAUGGAGGUGGAGGAUGCGACUCCCGAGGUCAGGAAGGCUGAGUUGUGGAUCAGCGUGGCGCUGCUCCAGCUGGAAGUUACGCGUAAGACGGAGAUACACGUUCGGAACCGGUGCCAAGGUGGACGUAGCCAUGAGCAGUAG